AUGAAAUUUAAAACUAAUUUACCACCUUCAAGAAAUCGGUAUCAUCUUGAUUCAACCUUGAUUGAAUCAAAACAUGUUCCUAUUUUUGCUUCAUGGAUCGAGAGGAAAGAUUCUUCACAUUAUAAUAUGAAAAAUAUUCCAUAUGAUUUUAAAUUAUUAUAUCGUUCAAAUCGGGAUGGAACUGACACUAAAACUUUUCAUAAAAAUUGUGACAAUAAAGGAGCUACUAUUUGGGUAGCAAAAAUUAAAAAUUCUACACAAAUAAUUGGAGGGUAUAAUCCACUUGAUUGGAAUGGUAAUGGUUGGAAAACUACAGGAGAUAGCUUUAUUUUUAAUUUUACAGACGGAAAAAAUAUUUCUACUUCAAAAGUAAGCUAUGUUAAUUAUCGGGAGUAUGCUGUUUUUUGUCAUGAUACUUAUGGACCAACCAUGGGCAAUUUACACUGCCACCAGAAUAAAUGGUCUAAUUCUGAUGGCAAUUAUCCUAAUAUAGGAAUUCCGGAAAACUUUAUAGUAGAAAAUUAUGAAAAAAGACAGCAAACUAAUGAACCUACAUCAGGAAGUUUUUAG